AUUAAGCACAAAAUGAAUAAAAAAUUGAAUACAAAAUGUUGCAUCAAAAACACAUUCAAGCAUUUUAGGAUCUUGAUUGAUGAUAUUCUUAAUGCUUAAUUUCAUUAAAAAGUUCAGAUGAUGAUCCAACCUGCCUGUUUCGUUUUGUCGUCAUCGCGCUUAUGUUAAUGGAGGAAUUGUGGAGGUCUGACUCGUCAGGUUCCCGAUUUUGCUUCAUAGGAAUCAUAUCUGUUUUUUUUUUGCAAUCGUGAUUUUCUGAAAUUAGAUGUUCUACUUCCAUCUAAUACGUGUGGGAGAGGCUACCUCUUGAGGGAUCGUUAUGAUAAUCAGGCGAAAUUGUGCGCGUUAUUUGUCGAGUGCAUUAACUUCUCGUCCAUUACGCCAUCAUAAACCUUUCCGUCGCCACAUUCUGGGAAUCGGUGAUUUAAUGGCCGCCGCAUCGUAUUCUCACGUCUCGCAUCCUAAAUUGAAUUUCCGCAGAUUUCCCGGCGUGAGGCCUUCUCUUGGUGUGUGUGGUAGGGUUGGUAGGUUCGGGAAUGGAUCUGCUGCUCUCGUGCUCAGAGGUUGCUGCCAUGGGAAUCCUUCGAUUUCGUCUGGAAAAUGGCCUGCCGACAUCAAUUUUUGUACCACUACUAGUUGCAGUAGUAGUAGUAGUAUGUAUGGGAAUAACAAUGCUUUCGCAAGGUCAGGGGCGGUUGGUCCAUGUUUGCCUCAGUUGCUUCAUGAUUCAGAGAAGAUUACGGUGGGUGUUGGUGAUGAGUCUUCCGGAGGCUCUCUUGGAUUCUCCAACCAUUAUUUGCCCAAAAAGUUUGAAGUUGCUGUUGAUGUAGAUGAGGUGCUUGGAAGCUUUGUAUCAGCUCUCAAUAGGUUUAUUGCUGACCGCUACUCAUUGUAUCACUCAGUUUCUGAAUAUCAUGUUUAUGAGUUUUUCAAGAUAUGGAAUUGCUCCAGGGAUGAAGCUGAUAUUCGGGUUCAUGAAUUCUUCAAGACUUCUUAUUUCAAAAAGGGGAUACAUCCAGUUCCAGGUGCUAGGCAAGCUCUGCAAAACCUGCACAGAUUUUGCAACUAUUCAAUAGUUACAUCCCGACAAAAUGCAAUUAAAGAUCACACAUUAGAGUGGAUUGAGUCGCAUUAUCCCGGUCUUUUUCAGAAUGUUUGCUUUGGAAAUCAUUUUGCUUUAAAUGGAAAAUCCAUACCCAAAUCAGAAAUUUGCAGGUCUCUUGGGGCAAAAGUUUUGAUUGAUGACAAUCCAAGAUAUGCAAUGGAGUGUGCUGAUGUGGGGAUAAAGGUUCUUCUCUUUGAUUAUGAAAAUUCUUAUCCAUGGUGCAAGACAGAUAUAGUUGAAGGGCACCCCUUGGUUACAAAAGUCCAUAAUUGGGAAGAAGUGGAGCAGCAAUUGGAAGCAUGGAUUUUUCCUGAAAUCACUGCAAAGUAGGUUCAGGUCUGUACUGUGAUAUUAUAGAUAGACACAAGUUAAUUCAUCUGUCUGUCCAGCCAGGGUGAACGCAUUGUUUUUCUCUCUCUUUUUUCCUUUUUUUGAAUAUAUACAUUUAUUCUCUGUUGUUGCAAAAGCAGCAAGAGUUUAGGCUCCUGGAUUAAGGAAUGUAUAAAUAAUUUAAUUAAUCAAAGUUGAUUUGGUCAUUAAA